AUGAACGGCAGCGAAAACAACCCAACCGAAACAGUAAAACCCUUAGAUUUCAAAAAACUAAAAGUCAUAUCCGCCGUAGGACGCGGCGCCAAGGGCGUCGUGUUUCUAGCCAGAACCGGUUACCGGUCUUCAGACGAGUGCCUUGCUCUGAAAGUAACAUCAAAAGCUCUUAUACAUCAAAAGAAAGCAAAGAACAAUUCAAAAGGCUAUGGAGAAUACAAGAGAGCGUCGUUUGAAGAAGAAGUGCUACGUCGUUUUGAUCAUCCUCUUUUACCACGGUUGCGAGGUGUUUUCGAAACCGAGAAAAUCGUUGGGUUCGCCAUUGAUUAUUGCCAUGGCGGUAACCUCCAUUCUCUCAGAAAGAAACAAACUGAGAAAAUGUUCUCCGAUGAUGCCAUUAGGUUUUACGCUGCUGAAUUGGUUCUUGCAUUGGAGUAUCUUCAUAAUUUAGGAAUAGUGUAUAGAGACUUGAAACCAGAGAACGUGAUGAUUCAAGAAAACGGUCACAUAAUGCUCGUAGAUUUCGAUCUAUCUACAAAGCUGAAACCUAAAUCGCCACCUCAGUCACUGAGUCACGACUCGUCGAAUAGAUCUAGCUUAUCAAAAGAGAAGCACGUGACGAAGCGGUUGCUUUCGAGAUUCUACCGUUGUAACUCGGGUAUCUCGCCGUGUGACUCGGAUUUUGACUCGCAACCCGGUGUGAACUCAGUGAGUAAAAACGAGUCGGGAUCGGUUGAAAAAUCAAAUUCGUUCGUCGGAACGGAAGAUUACGUGGCACCUGAAAUCGUACUUGGAAAAGGUCACGGUUUCGAAGUUGAUUGGUGGUCGCUAGGUGUCGUUUUACACGAGAUGUUGUAUGGGACGACGCCGUUUAACGGGACGAAUAGGAAAGAAACGUUUUACAGGAUUUUGUCAAAGGAACCUGAGUUAACGGGUGAGAAAACGGCGUUAAGGGACUUGAUUCGCAAAUUGUUGGAAAAGGAUCCUGACCGUAGGAUAAAGCUGGAUGAAAUCAAGGGUCAUGAUUUCUUCAAAGAAGUUAUGUGGGACAGGGUGGUUGAAUUGGCAAGACCACCUUAUAUUCCUUGUAUUGAAGUUGAGAAUGAGAAUACGAAAGGGUAUAGCAAAAAAUAUGUGGAGGUUUUUGUUCAUGAAGUGUUUUUUCCGUGUGGUGAUGAUAAUAAUGAAGAGAAAAAGAAUAAAAUGGAAGAUAAGAAGAUUAAUGGUGAGGAUAAAACAGGGUGGGUUGAUAAAUUGAGUAGUAGUCUCAAUGAGAAUGAGGAUUUUUUAAUUUUUUGA